CUUGUUCCUCCGUCUCGACGGCUCGCGACUUCCCCCGCUUCGCUCCACUCUCCCAGUCCGUCCCAGCCCUCCUCGCCGGAGCACACCGCAGCGGCGGCCGCCUGCGCCUGCGCUCGCCGCACACGAGCUGCAGAUGGACACUGUGGUUCCCCGGCUGAGCCGCUCCUCGACGCGUUACGGGCCCGUCAGCAGCAGCGCGGCCUCCUUCAGCGGGCCCGUCCGGAAGUGGCGCAAGGCCUGGGUGCCCCUCGCCGGCGCCGGCGCCGGCGCCGCCGGGUACGGGGGAGGGGCAUCACGGGGUGACAACAAGGUGGUGCUGUUUAGGUGGACGCCGGUGAACGGCGGCUCGGAAGGAGGGGGAGGUGCCGCCAGCGGCAUGGAGCCGGCGUCCGCGGGCCGGCGGCGCUACGUCCCGGCUGCAGGGGAGGCAGAAAACACUAGCAAGAAGGGCACUAGCAGCGAGCUCAACUUGAACCUCGAGCUGGAAGACCCCGAUGACGACACUGAUGCCGAUAUGAGCACAGACGAGCCACGUGACGUGAAAGAUAGCAACCUGCGUCCAGAAAGCCGGUUGAAGCGGAAAGCAUUCUAGCCCCCUGGCAACCUAGAGAUGUGGAUCGGAGCACCAGCUUCAUCUUCCACCUUAACCUGCGAGGUGGAUUUCGUGUACUAUAACCCAGCAUGUAGCUUGUACCAGCCAGCCCGUCCUCCUAUGCAUUCCAGUGUAGAAUGAUGCAUCGUCGCUGAUCCGCCCUAGUUCCCUGUGCUUGCUUGCUAUCAUUUGUCACUCCUGUAAGAAGUAAACUAGUCGUGAACCUUGUGUUGGUGUGUUAAUGUGGAAAGUCCGAUGCUGGGAGCUGCUCGACCCGGUGCUGUGCACAGCAUGAUCAGCUCGUGGCGGUGAAGAGCUGUAGGAAGCGUUGGAUAGGAGAUGCUUCCAGUCCAGCCGUGGUGGGCCGUGGACAGGAAGUUGUCCAUUUGGUUC